CGCCUGGUUUGCUUCAGUGUGGUGGGGAAGUGAUAGCAGCAGUUGUAGGAGCAGCAGUGGUAGCAGGGCCCUCCCUCUGUCUCUGCAGAUAAAUACUCGCAGCCUGUCGAUUCCAGGCAUGGAUGACGGUUGCAUUCAGACAUGGCACUACGACAUUACACCCUCGACUUCAGCCUCUCUACGGCAGUUGACUCUGCCUCGACAGUCCCUGGUCUACUGUCCAUAUUUCACGAGCAGGAAAUGACAGAGACUGUCCACGACACAGAUGGGCAUGGAUAUCUCGCUACAUUUGUAGGAAAGAAUGGCCGGUUUGCUGUUCUGCGUGUGCACUCCCACGAGUUGGUCACCAUUGAUCUGCAGUGUUAUGAAGAGGAUAACAUUGCGCAACUAGACAAUCUUUUAAAUGCACUGGAAAAGAAGCUGAAGGUUCUCUUAAAUGGCAAUAUUACACGGAUUAAAAGGCUCCCAGCCCUCAUACGUGGAGCUAAGGUGGACCGAUACUGGCCCACAGCUGACGGCAGACUGAUGGAGUAUGACAUUGACCGAGUGGUUUAUGAAGAGGAUUCUGCUUACCAAAACAUAAAGAUAUUGCACUCAAAGCAGUUUGGGAAUAUCCUUGUACUCAACGGUGAUGUCAACCUGGCAGAGAGUGAUUCGCCCUACACCCAAGCCAUCAUAGGUAGUGGAAAAGAGAAUUAUGCCGGAAAGGAGGUUCUUAUACUGGGAGGAGGUGACGGAGGCAUCCUGGCUGAGGUGGUCAAACAAAAACCAAAGAUGAUCACCAUGUUGGAAAUUGACCAGAAGGUGAUAGACGGGUGCAGAGCACACAUGAGAUUAACUUGUGGAAGUAUCCUUGACAGCCUAGAGGGAGACUGUUACCAAAUACUAGUGGAAGACUGUGUGCCGGUGCUGAAAAAAUAUGUACAGGAAGGAAGGACGUUUGAUUAUGUAAUUAAUGACCUCACUGCGGUCCCAAUAUCCACAGAGCCAGAAGAAGACUCGACAUGGGAGUUCCUGCGUCUCAUCUUAGAUCUGUCAAUAAAAGUCCUUCAUCCUUCUGGGAAAUAUUUCACACAGGGAAACAGUGUGAAUCUGAAAGAGGCACUGAGUCUGUAUGAGGAGCAGCUGGGAAAGCUCUCGUGUCCCGUAGGCUUCUCCAAAGAGGUGGUGUGUGUGCCCUCCUACCUGGAACUAUGGGUUUUCUACACUGUGUGGAAGAAGUAAAGAGCUGCAGGUUUUCUCUGCUUGAAUCCCCAGCGGCUGGAAAGUGAACGCUCCACCCAUUUCUGCUGUAGCCUCAAAGGUGUGUUCAGACUGAACAGGACAUGAAAACGAUAGGUAAUUAAAUCAUGGGGAUAAAUAAAAGGUUCCAGGUAUUUUGGCAAAAAAAACAGUAUGGGUGCAGGGAAAUAACACAUAUUGAGCUACAGCUCGGUGCUGUAAUUGGCCACAUUUGGUGAAUAAACCUGGACUGUGAAACACUCCUACUGUUAUGGUGUGAGACUAAAAAAAUGCAUUCUGCAUUCAGUCUAAACACAUCUUUGGGGCCAAAAAAAACCAACAAGUUUUAUUCUCCCCUCUUUUUUUUAACCCCAUAUGACCUGAAUCUCCCUCUCUCUCCUUGUCCCUGUUUUAGUUGUGUUUUACCAUUGUUUCCUACGCCUCAGUUAUAUUUCCAUUGUUACUUGAUUUGAAUGUUCAUUUGCAUGUAUGUUGAAGGAACUGUUAGAUGUUUGGACAGUGGUUUGAUACACUGAUGUGGUGUACUCUCACAACAGGUGUGUGUGAUCUUGUUUUUUUCUUUAGGUUUACUCUGAGUUAUGAGCUCAGAUGGAGUGAUAGGUCAAUCUAUAUCCUCAGCACAUCUGAUCUGAGUUGCUUUUCACGCUCUCUUUUUACUGCCUCUCAAAUGUGAUUUGAUUCUUGCAGGUUGUUUCAAGGCAAUGUGAGCAUGUCCAGUAGGACUCAAAGUAUUUGAGUCCACGUGUGUUUUAAAAGGGAAACGAUUCCACCACUUUGAUGCCGACUCUGUGCUUGUGCAGUUUAUGUCAUGUUUUAUUAGCACCUUUGGUUUCUCCUGAUAUAUUUUAAGUUGUUUUUUUUUUUUUAAGACUGUAUUAGGUGCAUGUAAAGGACAGUGAAUGUAGCUUGCAUAUACAGUACACAGCUGGUUUACAAGUGAUAAACUCUGUGGGACUCUGAGUUACAUUUAUUUAUUCUAUAUAAUUUCACCAAAUGCUGUUUUGUCCCACUGAGAAAAUGUUUGACCAUCACAAUUAAAGUGUUUUCGGGGGA